AUUUCUCUGUGACCCAAAGUUCAGUGAUGAAGAAGAUCUGGAGGAGAAGUUGGCAGUGUUCAAAGAGAAGUACAUGGAGUUUGACCUGAACAACCAAGGCGAGAUUGAUUUGAUGUCUGUCAAAAGGAUGAUGGAGAAGAUGGGGGCUCCGAAGACCCACCUCGAACUGAAGAAGAUGAUCUCUGAGGUGACUGGAGGGGUUAGCGAGACCAUCUCGUACCAGGACUUCGUCAACGUGAUGCUUGGGAAACGCUCUGCUGUGCUUAAACUGGUCAUGAUGUUUGAAGGAAAAGCCAAUGAAAGCAACCCAAAGCCUUCUGGUCCGCCUCCAGAGAGAGACAUAGCCAGCCUCCCUUGAAGAGGACAAGCUGAAAAAUUAGCAGUGUUUGCUUUGCUGGUCUGUAACGGAGGUUACCUGUGCUUUGUUACUCUUUACUGUGGACAGUCCUAGUUCUCAACUAACCUGCUUUAGAGGAACAGCAAGGGAAGCUGGAGACCUCCAGCUCGCGUCGUUCUGCUGCGUCCCUUAGCCAACGUGAUUUGUUAGACAGAAGCUGUAGCACCAAGUGUGAUGUGAGACAAAAAAAAAAAAAAA